GCCGGCCUGGAGUCCUGGACUGAAGGAAGGUCGAGCGCCAUGAUCUCCAACUCGACGCGGGAGAAGGCCAAGGCCACCAAGGCGUACCUGGAGCAGAAGUACGCGACCAUGAAGCGCGAGCGCGAGGAGAGCCGCGAGCGGCGCAACACGCUGGAGCAGCAGAUGGCGGCGCUGCGCCUGACGGAGCGCAAGAAGGAGCAGUACCGCCAGGAGCUGCGCUCCAAGGAGCUGCAGAGUCUGCGCCACCAGCGCAAGCGCCUGGCCGUGGGCGACUUCCAGCCGCUCGCCGUCAUCGGCCGCGGCGCCUUCGGGGAGGUGCGGCUCGUGCGCAAGCGCGACAGCGGCGAGAUCUUCGCGCUCAAGUCGCUCGAGAAGAGCGCCAUGGUGCUCAAGAACCAGGUGGGCCACGUCAAGGCCGAGCGCGACAUCCUGGCCAGCGCCGACCAGGACAACAACUGGCUCGUCACGCUGCACUACUCGUUCCAGGACGACCACCGGCUCUACAUGGUCAUGGAGUACCUGCCCGGGGGCGACCUCAUGGGGCUGCUCAUGAAGGAGGACACGCUCAACGAGGCCACCACGCGCUUCUACGCGGCCGAGAUGGUGCUAGCCAUCCAGUCCGUGCACGACCUGGGCUACAUCCAUCGCGACAUGAAGCCGGACAACGUGCUGCUGGACGCGCACGGCCACCUGAAGCUCACGGACCUGGGGCUCUGCAAGAAGAUGGACUCGCGCGUGGACUUGCUGCCGGUCUCGCAGCACGCCAUGAACCCGGAGCAGGCUGCGGCGGCUGCUGCGGCCGCGGCUACGAGAGGAGGGGGCGGCGGUAACAGCGUGGACGCCUCGCGCAGCAAGCCGUUCUCGCGGAACAGACAGGUGGCGUUCAGUACCGUCGGCACGCCCGACUACAUUGCACCGGAGGUGCUGGCGCAGAAAGGCUACGGCAAGGAGUGCGACUGGUGGUCCAUGGGCGUUAUUCUGUACGAGUGUCUGGUGGGCUACCCUCCGUUCUACGCGGACGAACCGGUGCAGACCUGCCGCAAGAUCGUGAACUGGAAGCAGUCCUUUGCGUUCCCGCCCGAGGCCAUCGCUCGACUGAGCCCGCAGUGCAUGGACUUUGUUCGGAGACUCAUUUGCAAUGCAGAGAACCGCUUGGGAACGGGGUCGGUGGAGGAGAUCAAGCAGCACCCGUGGUUCCACGGCGUGGACUGGACGACGCUGCGCUCCAUCCGAGCGCCGUACAUUCCUCCAGGUGGAGGCCCGCAGUUCGACUACGUGCUGAGUCAGCUACAGGCGAACGACCCGGACCAGUGCAGCCCGCAGUACCACGAGCUCGUACGGCAAAUUACUUCCAAUUUCGACGAGUUCACGGAGCCAUGUGAGUUGCCAGCUCCCGCUCCGGUGCCAGCGUCCGCCAUGGGACAAAUGUCUCCAGCACCACCAAUGGGCGGCACCAACGCUGCGGCUCACGGUAACGGCGCGAUGGCAGCGGGACAGGCUAAUGGAGGGGAGCUGCCGCAAGCAUUUGGCCCGGAUGGCAAGCCGCUGACCUUCAAUAAGUUCAUCGGCUACACGUACAAGCGGAAGCCGCCGGUGCGCAUGGCACUGAACGAUGGACUUUUCGACAGCGGUGAUAAUGCGACCGCGACAAUUGCUGCCGAAGAUUCUUCUCCACCAGGAAGCUACGGAAGCAGCCACGCCAAUUUGAACGUCGCUGGCAGUACUCCCCCAUCUUCUGGCUACGCGGCACGGCAAGGCCUCGAUAGUCACUACGCCUACCAGUGA